AGCCCAAGGGAAAGUGAGGUACAGUAGAGUCUCACUUAUCCAACAUAAACGGGCCGGCAGAUCGUUGGAUAAGCGAAUAUGUUGGAUAAUUAAGGAGAGAUUAAGAAAAAGCCUAUUAAACAUCAAAAUAGGUUAUGAUUUUACAAAUUAAGCACCAAAACAUCAUGUUAGACAACAAAUUUGACAGAAAAAGUAGUUCAUUACACAUUAAUGCUAUGUAGUAAUUACUGUAUUUACGAAUUUAGCACUAAAAUAUCACAAUGCAUGGAAAACAUUGACUACAAAAAUGCCUUGGAUAAUCCAGAACGUUGGAUAAGUGAGACUCUACUGUACCUUUGCCAAAUACAAAUGAAAUUUAUUUAUUUAUUUAUUUAUUUAUAGCAUUUAUAUUCCGCCCUUCUCACCCCGAAGGGGACUCAGGGCGGAUCACAUUACACAUAUAGGCAAACAUUCAAUGCCUUAACAUAGAACAAAGACAAGACAAACAUAGGCGGGCCUCGAACUCAUGACCUCCUGGACAGAGUUAUUCAUUGCAGCUGGUUACAGCUGGCUUGCUCUCCAGCCUGCGCCACAGCCUGAGCUGCUAAAUAGGGACCUGGAUCUCAAAAAUGAAUACAGUAGCAGAUGGCUACCCAUGAUCUCAGCAAGAUGAUGUUCCCAUAAACUUCAGAUUUUUUCCUAUAUGGCAGCCUAUGGAAGCCAUUAUUGGAAGCUGUGAACAUCAACUACAGCUUUGAAGUGACAGGUUUUGGGCAUAUGAAACAUAUGACCAAGAAUGAUGACAGACAGCAUUGAUUGGUUACAGAGCCAGAAUGGACUCUGUAAAGUUGAUCGUUAUACACCCAGUGAGGAGGAAGAACAGAGUUGGACAACUGAUUCAGCUAAGCUUUUCCAACAAACUUCCUCUGAUCCACUAAAAGUGUUGACUUGGCUCCGAAAAGAUCUGGAAAAGUGUGCAAUUGGAGUACAAAAUGUGCUGAAUGCUAGUAAUAAUGCAGGCGGUGCAAGAUCAAGGGAGACAUCUGUGGAAAGGCAAAACAUGCAGAAGCGAAAUGCACAUUCCCCUACUGAAUACAGUAUCUGUGAUGAAGAAUUCAGUGUCAAUGUCAGCUCCAACAGGGGCUCUCCUAACUUCCACUUGACAAUGAAAGGGACUUGUCAAAAGGGAUCUAAGGAUGAAGAAAGUGAUAGGUCUACAUCACCAAAUACAAACGGUGAUCCAGAUGAGGUCUCUUUUUAUUGUAAUAGGCUUUCUAACCUUGCCAUAGCAAUGGCGCGCAAAGAAAUGAAUGACCGGUCAGAUGGCAACCCUGCAUGCAUACAUAAGUCAAUUUUUGCUUCUGGAGACCAUGGCCACAGGGAUAUUGGAGUGGGUACUGACGACAUCAAGCACAGUCCACCUAAGGCGUCUGAGUAUAAAUAUGAAGGAAGCCCUAAUUCGAAGAAGAAAGCCGCAUUUUAUUACAAAGAGGAAGAAACAGACCUUCCUAACAAAAGUGACCCUGGCAGUGAUGAGGCUAAAGGUUGCAACCAUCGGAAACGCUUUGGUCCAGAUGAAUAUACUAAUUCAUUAAGCAAAGGAAUAUUGGUUUAUGCUAACAGCGUGGUAUCAGAUAUGAUGGUUUCUGUUAUGAAAACUAUGAAAGUGAAAGUGAAUGACUCGAACAUAGCUUGUGCUGUGUUGAAAAAGGUACUGCUAAAGCAUUCCAAGGAGGUUGUGUCUGACCUGAUAGACUCCUGUAUGAAAAACUUGCAUGAUGUUACUGGAACACUCAUGACUGACUCCGAUUUUGUUUCAGCGGUGAAGCGGAGCCUUUUUACCCAAGGAAGCCAAAAGGCUUCUGAAAUUGUUCAAGCCAUGCUGAAUCGGUUGCAUAAUGCUUUGAUUGUACAAAAACAGGUGAAUGAGAAAGCCAAGUCUCAGCGCAUGACCUUUGCAACAGUUAAGACUGCUGCAGGAUGUGAUGCAAAAACUCAAAACAUGAGAUUUUCUGCCGCAAAAACAGAAUCAUUUAAGGAAAAGGAAGCAACCUGUGCAGAAACAGUUGGCAAUCACAUCAUAAAGGAAGGCCUCUCCAUGUGGCACCAGAAACAACAGAAUGAGAAUGUAGGAUCAAAUGUCCAGGCAAAGCCAGCUUGGAAUUUAGAAAAUCAAGACGUGGGUAACCUUGCAACAGAUUCCUGGGCGAGAGACCUGAUUGUGACAGCAUUGAUGCUGAUACAGUAUCAUCUGCAUCAGCAGGAGAAUGCAAUAAAGGAAGCUGGUGAUUGUGGUAGAGGAUCAAGCAAGACUGGAAACACUUUUGGGUUUAUGUCUCAAGACAAAAGUGGUAACGCCGCUAUGCUUAAGCAGUAUGACUCAUUGAAAAAGAGUGAUGAUGAACAAUCUGAAGCAAAUCCUGAAAAUGAUAUGUCAAGUGUUGUAGUAAUGCUCAUUCAGAAACUCAUCAAUGAGACAGUCAACAAAUUAGGAGGAAAUGCUGGAACUCUCAUGGCAGAUGAAGCAUAUAAGGGUGCUUAUAAAUCCCCUGAGGUGCCUGGCAACUCGGGCUCUUCAGAAGUAGAUCAUUCUUAUGACGAUGCUAUAGCUGGACUGACUAAGAUGAUUCUUGAUCAAUUUGAUGUCAACAAGGCGGAAGGAGGCGGCAGUGGGCCAUUCUUUGACAACCUGGUGGAUACAGUGACCAAGCUGUGUCUUAUGAUAGCCAAAUAUAGCAAUCCAGAAUCAGGUCUUGGAGAUAUGGUAGAUGCUGAUGACGCCAGUGGACCUUUGUAUUCCAAGGACAUAGAAAGUGGAGAAAGUCGAAUAGGAUCGGGUGAAGACACUUUGUCCCACCGCAAAGUGGUUGUAACCAACCAAAAUGCUGCUGAAAACAUUCAUAAUAAACAACUUCAAGCCGUCCUUCAGUGGGUGGCAGCCUCUCAGCUAAAUGUCCCUGUGUUGUACUUCAUGGACGAUGAUGAAGAGACCCUGAAUAAGCUUCAACAACUCUCCAUGGUGGCAGUGGAAAGAGGCUAUAGCGUAGGAGAAGUGAUGCAGGCGGUUCUAAAGUAUGAGAAGGAGAGGCAGCUGGGAGAGGCACUGGGCAACUUUGUUCGGAUGCCCGUACUGGACUGGCUGCUCCAGAACCUGUGAACAAAGCAAGGCUUUUCUUCCUUCGCUGCAUAGCCUUGUCAGCCUAAAUUGUCACAGCACUCAUUUGUCAAAUAUGAUAUCUUGAGUUUUACUGACCCUACCCCGCUGCUGAGCAGUCAUAUGAAUAAAAGAAGGAAAUACUUAAA